AUGGAUAACAAGACCUUUGUUUCAGACUCUCUCAUCCGCCUCACUGGCGCAUCAGACCCGAUCGCAGUUGACUUCGUUCUCGCAGAAGCAAGCGCAGCCAAAUCCGCACACUCCCUCCAAGACAAACUCGGCUCUUUCCUCGACGGCAGCCCCGAUGACAUCGCUUCGUUCUGUACCCAGCUCUUCUCGCGGGUGGGCAAGGGGCCUCAGCUCGCGCAAGCCAAGCCCAGCGUGAGCAAGACCUCGAACAAGAAAUACCGACUCGUAGACAUGGACGAAGAGCCCGGCGACGCCUCCUCGGCCCUGCGCCGCCGCCAGCAAGACCGCGAAAACGACCGGCCCCGCAGCAAGCGAGAUCCGGACACCAAGGAUCGGUCGGAAAAAGACGACAGUCGCAAGCGGGACCGCAGCCGGGAUGCUGAAGGCCGGGACCGGCCGCGCACAAAGAAACUGCGGAAGAAGGACGAGGACUUCGAGGAUCGCUGGGGUGACGAGGAGUACGCGGAAGAGGGACUCGAAGCGGAGCGGGGCGAGGAGGAAUUCGCUGAAUCGCCCUCGAAGCGCACACGCCGCGAAGACGAGUCACCGGCUGCGGAGAUCGAUCCGGAGGUGCAGAAGGAGAUUGAUCGGCAGAAGGACCUGCGGGAGCGAGACGAGUUUGCGAAGCGGUUGGCGAAUAAGGAAAAGAACAAAUCGAAGAAGAUCGUCGAGGAUCGGACGCGCGAUAGCGAGGCGGCGAGACGGCGGGCGCUGGCGGAUGAUGCGGAGGCGCGGGCGGCUGUUAUGCCGGACAUUCGUUUGCGUUCGCGGCAGGAAUAUCUUAAGAAGCGUGAGGCUGAGCGCUUGGCACUGCUUCGGCGGCAGGUUGCAGAGGAGACUGCGGAACUGCGCGAGAAUCCUAAUCUUACGCGGCGUGAGAAGGAGGAGUUUGCACGGAACCGCGAGGUUCUGCGUCUUGCGGAGGAGCGGCUGCGUAUUGAUGACCAUCGCGACGGUUACAUGAUGCCCGAGGACUACAUUACGGAGAAGGGGAAGAUCGAUCGCAAGAAGAAGGAGGAAGCGCUCUACAAGCGAUAUGUUGAACGUGAUGAAAUGGGGCAGGAGAAAUUCGUGACGGAGCACGAGGAGUGGGAGCUGGAGCAGUCUGCGAAGGCGAAGGCGCAAAUCCAGAAGCCCGAAUUCGACGAGGGAGACUACGAGUAUGUCUUUGAUGACUCGCAGGCGAUCAACUUUGUCAUGGAUGCCAAGCUCGAGAGCACUCAUAAGCAGUUGACGGCAGAACAACUGCGCUUCAAGGAGCAGAUCGAUGCUGCUGAAAAGAAGGCUGCUACUAUGGAAGAGACCCGAAAGAGUCUGCCUAUCUACCAGUUUCGCGAUCAGAUCAUCGAGGCCGUGGCCCAGCAUCAGGUCUUGAUUAUCGUGGGUGAAACAGGUUCUGGAAAGACAACCCAGAUCCCACAGUACCUCCACGAGGCCGGCUAUACCAAAGGGGGGUUGAAGGUUGGCUGUACUCAACCUCGCCGAGUGGCUGCCAUGAGUGUUGCGGCUCGUGUGGCGGAGGAGAUGGGGUCGAAGCUCGGAAACGAGGUCGGCUAUGCCAUUCGAUUCGAGGACAACACCAGCGAUAAGACCAUUCUGAAGUACAUGACCGACGGCAUGCUGCUGCGAGAGCUGCUCACGGAGCCAGACCUUGCGCAGUAUUCUGCCCUGAUGAUCGACGAGGCCCACGAACGAACCGUGCCGACUGAUAUUGCUUGCGGUCUUCUCAAGGAUAUUGCAAAGGCCCGACCGGACCUGAAGCUGCUCAUUUCCUCUGCCACCAUGGACGCACAAAAGUUCCAGAAAUACUUCGACGAUGCUCCUAUCUUCUGGAUCCCCGGUCGACGAUACCCAGUCGACGUCCACUACACAUCGCAGCCCGAAGCUAACUAUCUAGCCGCUGCUAUCACAACGGUUUUCCAAAUCCAUGCUUCCCAGGGCCCGGGAGAUAUCCUCGUGUUCUUGACGGGCCAAGAAGAGAUCGAAGCUGCGGAGCAAAGUCUGACCGAAACGUCCAAGAAACUGGGCAGUAAAAUCCCGGAGAUGAUCGUCUCACGCAAGGUGGUCCUGGCCACCAAUAUCGCCGAGACCAGUCUGACCAUCGACGGCAUCGUCUACGUGAUCGAUCCCGGCUUCGCCAAGGAGAACGUGUUCAACCCCCGGACCGGAAUGGAGAGCCUCGUCGUAACCCCCUGCUCGCGAGCCUCCGCCAACCAACGCGCCGGUCGAGCCGGGCGAGUCGGGCCGGGCAAAUGCUUCCGACUGUACACCAAAUGGGCAUACUACAACGAGCUGGAGGAGAACACCACCCCGGAGAUCCAACGCACCAACCUCAACAGUGUCAUCCUCAUGCUGAAGUCUCUGGGCAUCGACAAUCUCCUCGACUUCGACUUCAUGGAUCCGCCCCCCGCCGAGACCAUCAUCCGCGCGCUGGAACAGCUGUACGCCCUCGGCGCCCUCAACGACCGCGGCGAGCUCACCAAGACGGGCCGGCAAAUGGCCGAAUUCCCCACCGACCCCAUGCUUGCAAAGGCCAUCCUGGCGGCGAACAAAUACGGCUGCGUCGAAGAAGUCCUCUCCAUCGUCUCCAUGCUAGGCGAAUCCAGCGCCCUCUUCUUCCGGCCCAAGGACAAGCAAAUCCACGCCGACAGCGCCCGCAACCGCUUCACGGUCAAAGAGGGCGGCGACCACCUCACCCUCUUAAACGUCUGGAACCAAUGGGUCGACUCCGACUUCAGCCCCAUCUGGGCGAAAGAGAACUUCCUGCAACAGCGCAGUCUGACCCGCGCCCGCGACGUGCGCGACCAACUGGCCAAGCUGUGCGACCGGGUUGAAGUCGCCAUCAGCUCGGUCGGCACCGACCACAUCCCCGUCCAGAAGGCCAUUACGGCCGGCUUCUUCCCGAAUGCGGCGCGGCUGCAGCGGGGCGGGGACAGCUACCGGACCAUCAAGACGGGGCAGUCGGUCUACUUACACCCGUCGAGCGUGUUGUUCGAAGUGAACCCGCGCUGGGUGAUCUAUUUCGAGCUCGUGCUGACAAGCAAAGAGUACAUGCGCAGUAACAUGCCGUUGAAGGUGGAGUGGCUGACGGAGGUUGCCCCGCAUUACUACAAGAAGAAGGACUUGGAGUCGCUGGGCCUGGAUCGCGAUCGCAAGAUGCCGAAGGGGUCUGGCUCGGCGGGUGAGAAGCGCAAGACUUGA